GCUAUAGUAAAAUGUAGCAUAGGAAUGCCACUGAACGAUACACUAUGGUACCCAGGUUGUUCAGUUGUAGCUAAUAGGUAUAUUUAUCACAUUCUGUGUGUAAUCCCGCGUGUUUUGCCUGCGGUCGUCAUAGAUAUCUUUUUAAGACUUCGAGGUAGUAAACCAAUAAUGAUGAAACUUCUGAAAAAUGGCAAUAAGCUGUUCACAUCGGUAAAAUAUUUCACCAUGCACGAAUGGACUUUUCAAAGAGAUAACUGUUCCGACCUGGCGAGGAAGGUGAAAAUGUUCAACCACAGCGAUAUGGUCAAUCUAGAUUUACGGGCUAUGAAUUGGGAGAAGUAUGUUGCAAUUUACCAGAUGGGAGUUAGGAAAUUUAUUCUGAAACAAGACUUUAAGUCCACAGCCCGACAACGAUUAUCAAGGUUGUACUGGAUACAUCAGAUCUCCAAAAUGUUCGGCAUAACGAUCUUACUAUGGAUAAUAUACCGUAUCGUGUACUGACUAUUUGAACCUAUUUUUUUUUGUUUAAACUAAAGGAAUACUAACUCAAUUUUAUGAAGAAGGGAUUCA